AUGGACUCGCGUACACUUGGUCCCGUGACGGAUAGUGGCGCUAAUGGAAACGAGACGGCGCCUCGCUAUUUACCGCGAGAGAAUGAAUCUGCGUCAUCUUCUUUAACGUUCAGUAAAGCUUUUGCACACUUGAGGAAAACAUCUUCGUAUGUCCAUCCUCCAUCGGAGAAAAUACAGGACGAGAAACCUCCUGCAAGAGACGCAGCUGCUAUUGUGUAUGUGAAUCGACGGCAACAGGGCAACCCAAUGCUCAAAGCCGUACGCAAUGUGGGACUUGAAUUUCGAGACGGAAUGAUUGCAGACUAUGUAAUAGGUGAAUCUACCUGCUGCGUAUUGUUUUUGAGUGUGAGGUAUCACCUCUUGCAUAAUAAUUACUUGGAAGAGCGCGUGCAGAGUGUACGGAAGGAUGAUCCAACGCGCUACAAAACAAAACUUGUGUUGUGUUUUGUGGACGUGGACGACAAUGAGGUGGCAUUGCGUGAAAUCAACCGCGUUGCACUAUUAAGUGAUUUUACGCUAGUGCUGGCGUGGAGUUGGCUUGAAGCCGCACGGUAUUUAGAAACAUUUAAGGCCUACGAGAACAAGUCAGCGACUAUUAUCAAGGAGAAAGUAAAGGCAGAGUUCUUGCCCAAAGCCAACGACGUGCUUACAUCCAUUCGAUCAGUAAACAAGACGGAUGUGAUUACGUUGUUGUCCACAUUUGGAACCGUAAAAGGACUAAUGAAUGCGUCCAUGGAAGAACUAUCACUUUGUCCCGGUGUGGGCGCCAAGAAGGUGCGCCAGCUACUCGAGACUUUCCAAGAGCCCUUUACAAAGCAGUGA